AUGGCAUUGUUCAACAUUAUUAAAGCUAUGGUUGUGAGAUUUAUCUUAUUUUGUCAUACAUUAUUAACAAUUUGGAGAGUGGCAUCAACUUAUGGUGAUAUAUACUACCUAUUGACUUUAGCUUUAAUACCAUAUCUUAUUGAAGGAAUUUAUACAGUUAUUCGCAGAAAAGGGAUAGAAUGGAAGUGGUUGUGUCCAUGUUUCGUGUUUUAUUUAUUAGCUACAUUACCAAGUGUAUGGUUGUUAGAAAUUCAACGAACUAAAGAUUUUGGAAACUUAAAUACAACAGCAGUAGAUGAGAUCAGUAUAAUAGGAUUGAAGAUACCUAUAGCGUUAGAAUCUGAUACAUGGGUCUUAGUUCUCGAAGAAUCUCUGUUAUAUUGUAUGAUUAUUGGAAGAUGGUUAUUACCUCGUGGUAAAGUAAGUAGAGGGCAACUGUCAGAGCUGCUCUUUACUUUCAUUGGUAUAGCUUCUGAUAUUAUGGAAUUAUUUGAAUUAUUCGAAGAAGAAGAAGUUCGAGGAAACAUGGUAUUAACUAUAUGUUUAUUGGGACUGUGGUCGUGGAGCUUAUUUCAAUUCACAAUGGUACUAACAGUAGCUUCUAAACCAAUACGAAUCAACCUAAUAGAACAAGACAAUAAACUUGUUUGUAUUGAACCAAAUAGUAAAGGAGGAACAUCAAUUGAAGUGUUCGCUACAUUGGUCAGUUUAUUUAUGCAGGACGGACCGUUUUUAGGUUUAAGACUGUAUACAAUAAUAAAAUACAACAUUAUAAACUAUGGAUUGGUGUUUUUCACGAUCAAGAACGUUCUGAUU